AUGGCGACGCCAGCGCCAACGCCCAGGACGUGCUUCAUCACGGGCUGCACGAGCGGCUUUGGCGGGGCUCUCGUGCGGAAGUUGAUGGCGGAGGGGUUGGAUAAUGUGAUUGCCACAGGGCGGGGCGGGGCGGAGGCAAGGCUUGCGCAUCUGCGAGAAACGACGACGAUGGGAACGGGGGCGUCGCGAUUACGGAACAUGGAGCUUGAUGUCGGGGCGGCGUCAGAGGCGGAGAUCCGGGUUGAGGUGGCUGAGGCGUGGGGGUGCUUUGAGGGCGGUGUUGAUGUUGUUGUGAAUAAUGCUGGGUUUAUUGUUUCGGGUCUUAUGGAGGAGUUGACACGAAAUUUCCACGGUCCGCUAAACGUUACGCGCGCAUUUCUGCCGUUUACGAAGGCAAAGGGGACGGGGACGCUGGUUGCGAGCAAAUUUGCAUUGGAAGGCGCCGUCGAGACACUCUCCAAAGAACUAUCCAUCCUCGCCCCCACUCUAAGAGUCCUCAUCGCUGUUGCGAGGAUUGUAGAGCUGGUCAGGGGCGACGGGAUGGUGGGCGGCAAGGGGCAAGUGCCGUUGAGGGUUGUCUUGGGGAGCGAUGGGUGGGAGAGGAUCCGGGAUAAGUGUUUGGGUGUGUUGGAAGGGUUGAAGGGUUGGGAGGAUGUUGCGAGGAGUACGGGUUUGUGA